AAAAGAUGCUCGUCGCACUGUGCACAACUUCCAUGGGAGACUCUGUGUAAAAUGGCAAAAGAGCGUACGAUUGCCAGCUACUUCAAGACCUCCACAGGUGCAUCCAAAGCUGCCGAUAAAGAUGACACUCCAAGCCCACCCUCCUCCCCGCUCAGCCCUUGUCCAUCGAAUAUCUCCUCACAGACCUUCUCGUCGCCCACGAAGCCGCCGCCGCCACGGCAAAGUCCGCUGAAGAAUACACUUACCUCGCGGCUUUCACUCUCAAACGAUGGGCCCACUAUCUGCAACCCAAAACCACCCCCUUCAUCACAGCACACGUCUUUUGGGACAAGCUUCGGGAGCUCUCAGCGAGUGGUCAAGGAUGGUCAGGUUGUUGUGACCGGUACUGAUGGAGAAGAUACUGAAUCCAUCUAUUCCUUCGGGUCUGAUGAUGACCUCUGCCGAAAACUUCUGGGCUCGGGAAGUCCGUUGCGUCCCUCUGAAAAGAAGGGAACCAGCAAAAUACCUACGACACCGCCCGGAUAUAAGUUCUCCCUAGAAGAUUUGGUUACCCACGCCGUAGACGAUAGGGAAACUGAAGCCAAUAUAUCAAGAUUGAGACUCUCUUUUAAAGGCCCGGGAGAGAACAGUGGCACAAGCAAGGUCAAUAGAACCCCAAAGCAACGAAGCAGGAUGUUUCGCGAUAGUGUUUUGGCGUCGGCCGUCGGCGAAGAUACAAACACGGAGACAAUGCAACGGCUAAAAGCCGCAGUUGAUAGGACAGAAGCAGUGGACCAAGGGAAGACCUGGUCUUUUUUCGAGGACACAAUCUCGUCUGUGCCUCCACCGAAAUUUCCUGAAAAGUCAGUUGCUCCAGGUUCCUGGGAGUCCGUUCUAACAGGCGAGUAUCUCCCUGAGACGCGCGAGAGGGCGUUUUUCUCUGGUUUAGUCGGAGAAUCAUUAUCCGGCAACACGCUUCCUGACGAAAUUUUUAUCUGGAUCUUUCAUGCCUGUACAACUGAACCUCGCAAUGAGGUCCGAUUCGCUUACUGCAGUGCCAUCAAAGUGGCGCCGGCAAAACGCGUAUCGUCUCUUAUACAUUCCACUCAUAUUGAACAGUUGUUCCGCAAUCUAGGAGCCCGGCAAGAUGCACUCUCAAUUCAAGAUGUCGUCAUGCCCGAUUUCCAUGCUUUAAGCCGUCCCAAGCCGAAGGACUAUAAAUAUCUCUUGUCUGCUCUCGAUGUUAUAGAAGGUAUAGCAUCAAAGCUAAAUAACGAUGCGCGCGAUUAUGCUUUGAAAGUCGCUCUGCGCCUCACACUUGAUGAAACCUCUAUGCGCGAUUGCUUUGUGUCCACAGCAACUCAACGAGCAAUAACAUCUCUUCUAGGAGAGGGUGUCUUACUUGCAGAUUUAGCUCUUUACGAACUCUCCGUUGUCCUAUAUAACACAAUUAAAGACCCCGCACUCCAAAGCCAACUAUUAAAGCACAUAUCCCCAGCGACGCCAAAAGUAGCGCUGUUGCGAUGCCGUUUAGCAGCUGCGUUCUUUUUUGAAGAUAAAGCCUUCCUUGAUAAGCCAGCGGAGCUAGUAUUCGAUUUAAAGCGAAUGACGAUCCGGUUGCAGGACGACCGGUUCAAAAUACACCGUUCAACGCCCACAGGACAAGAACCGCUGGACUACUGGGAGCUUAGUGCUAUCACAUCCAUCCUAGAUGUUGCAAUUGGCUCCGGGACAGCCGAGAAGUCUUUUCCGAACAAAGAGAGCGAAGCCAAAUUCAAUCGAGAUGUGGACAAGCUAGCAGAGCAAAUUAAAGUCAUAUUCACGGCGAUCAAGGACACAGGAGCUUCACAUCUAAAACGGACGGAAUCAAAAGAGUAUCUGCAGGCCCUUCAUUAUCGUCUGAUAUAUGGCGUUCGAACAAAGCCACGUCCAAAGGUUUCUUGGUUUGUGCCCUCCAAGAGUGGAGGUGUGGCUGACGAGUCCUGGAGUGGAAUUAAGAAGAGUGGAAAUCUAAUGGACAGGUUUUUGUCCUGCGGGAAAGAUAACGAUUCCAAUGAUGGCGACCUCUCCGACCAGGCUACUGAUAUGCGACUAUGA